AACGCGUCUUAUCGACAUCAUCGAUAUCGAUAUAGUAAAAUUACCAGCUUGACGUCGCGAUUUUCAGUGCAGAAAUAUUUUUAUAGUUUAAGCUAACAAACUUUCAAGUUUAUAUUUGAAGAAUAGUUGUGAAAACAUACAGAUAUGGAGUUCUCGCAGCCGCCGCCAGAUCCCAUGGCGCAGAACUUUGCGAAUCCUCCACCUAUAAAUCGGAUACUUAGUUAUCAGAAUCCACAGUCCGCGAAACCGCAAUACAACAAUUUUUAUCACCAUCGUCCGUAUCAUCAUUUUAAUGGCUUCCGCGGAGGAUUGCCAAUGACACAAGAUGAUUUCGAUGGGAAACGGUUACGGAAAUCAGUAAUGCGUAAAACGGUCGACUAUAAUGCGUCCAUUAUCAAAGCUUUGGAAAACCGAACGUGGCAGCGGGACUAUAGGGACCGGCAUGCUUUGCAACCGGAAAAUAUCUACCUCCCCGAGUUGCUACCCCCGCCGAGUUACAUGGAUAAUCCUAUCAAUGCCGUUACAACCCGCUUCGUCAAGACGGCGACCAACAAAAUGCGGUGUCCAAUUUUCACGCUGGCAUGGACUCCCGAAGGACGACGACUAGUAACUGGUGCCAGCUCGGGUGAAUUUACGUUAUGGAAUGGAUUGACGUUCAAUUUUGAAACGAUUCUGCAGGCACACGAUGUAUCAGUACGCACGAUGGUCUGGUCCCACAAUGACAACUGGAUGGUGACCGGAGAUCACAGUGGAUACGUCAAAUACUGGCAAUCGAACAUGAAUAAUGUCAAGAUGUUUCAAGCUCAUAAGGAGCCUGUCCGUGGAAUCAGCUUCAGUCCAACGGAUACAAAGUUUGCUAGUUGUAGCGACGAUGGAACAGUUCGUGUGUGGGACUUUUUCCGCUGUCAGGAGGAACGUGUACUUAGAGGUCACGGAGCGGACGUGAAGUGUGUGCAUUGGCACCCACAGAAAGCGUUAAUCGUGUCUGGUAGCAAGGACAAUCAGCAGCCCAUCAAACUGUGGGAUCCCAAAAGUGGCCAAGCACUAGCCACGUUGCAUGCCCACAAAUCGACCGUAAUGGAUCUCAAAUGGAACGACAACGGGAACUGGCUGGUCACCGCUUCCCGUGAUCAUCUACUGAAGUUAUUUGAUUUACGCAAUCUGAGCGUAGAAGCGCAGAUAUUUCGCGGACACAAAAAAGAAGCAAGUGCCGUUUCGUGGCACCCGGUGCACGAAGGAUUAUUCGCCUCAGGCGGAUCGGACGGCUCCAUACUCUUUUGGAAUGUCGGCACGGAUAAAGAAGUUGGCGGUAUUGAUAACGCCCAUGAGAGUAUAGUAUGGACGUUAGCCUGGCACCCAUUGGGACAUAUUCUUUGUUCCGGAUCUAACGAUCAUACUAUCAAAUUUUGGACUAGAAACCGACCCGGAGAUCAAAUGCGAGAUAAAUAUAAUCUCAAUACGUUGCCAGCUAGCUUGGCAGGUCUGGAUGAUUGUGAACUGGAUGACCACGUUGUCAUUCCGGGAAUGGGACCAGAAGAUAAGAUUGACAUAGCGGAUAGUUUGGGAACAAACAAUAACGGUGUAAUUCCUGGCUUAGAUUUUGCUAAUGUUACAAAUUUCAAUGAAAAGAUGAGAGAGAAGAAGAUUCCUUAUAGUAAACCCAUUCCUCGUAACUUCCAAGCACAGUGGAAUGAAGCUAACAAGUAUGAAGAUCACCACAAUGCAUCCGAAGAGAUAAAAGAUGUAAUAUCUCAAAUAGUCGAGCAUAAUACCAAUGUAGUCCCACAAAGAAAGAUGGCACCGUCUGCGAUCAUUUUGUAUGAUCGCGUAAUUCAAGUACAACCUGGCUCCGAACUGGAAAGCGCCAUUCUGGAUGGCCCGGACACGCUCAACAACUUCAUACGACUGGGAAGGAUUCCUGAGUUACGUGAUGUUUUCCCGUUGAUUUCCACCGAGGAUUUCAAUAAUUUGGACGAAAAUGGUGCUGAACUGCUAGCUAGCCGAGCUAAGUUGGAAAUCGAUCCGACCUUUAUUUACAACAAAACUACCACAAUUGAACCGACUGAACCACCGGAGGCUACCGAACCACUGCUAUCAUCUACAUCGCUGAUGAAAAGAAGGACACCACCUCCGCCUCCACCAGACCCGACGGCGGGAAUACCAUCGUUGCUUCAGCUGGAUAUCAAUCCUCCUCCGGAUGUAAUCUUCAAUACGGAUGAAAUAGCGGACGAAAUAGCUCUUCGCAACAGUAAAAAGGGUAGAGAAAGAGAAAAGCAAAAGGAAAGAGAACGAAGAGAGCAAGAAGAAAAAAUGAAAUUCUGGGCUCAACAUAAUGAGCGAAAUUGGGAUGAUGAGGGUAACGACGAGGACUUCGAUUACAAACCGUCAUCCUCACCACUGGAUAAAAGUCAUAACACCAAUAGUAACGGUCAGUGGGCUACUGUAAAGCGUGAAAUAGACGAGGAAGACGCUGCAGGCCUCGGUGGUGCUACCUGGGAUGAGGAAACUGAUACUCCCGCAAAAUUCGGUGGUGACGAUAGUCGUGACAAACAGAGUAUAGAUGGAAACAGCUUUGCUGGUCAACCUGGAAACUUUAGUUUCAAUCAAGGUCAUUUCGACUCGGCAAAUAAUUUCGCACCCGGCGGGUUCUCUGGUCCCAAUAAUUUUAACCCAAGUUCAAAUAACUUCAACAAUAGGCAACCUAACUUCAAUCCAGGCCCAUUCAUGUCGGGUCCUCCCGGGAGUUUCAAUUCCGGUGUUACUAAUUUCAACCAAGCUUCAGGAUCAAGCAGUUUUACUGCCGGGGGAGGAAAUAAUUUUGUGUCAGGACUUCCUAGUAAUUUUAACCCCAAUAUGCCACCAGGGCAUCCACCGAACUUUGGUUCCGGGCCUCCUCCGAACUUCAAUACAGGCCCUCCUGGUAACUUCAAUACGGCUCCACCAAUGGGAAAUUUCAACUCUGGCCCUCCUGGUGGUAACUUCAAUGCAUUCAGCAGCAGUUUUAACAGUGGAAACGGCUUCAACAGUGGUGGCAAUAAUUUUGGCGCCGAUCAUGGAAAUAAUGAUGACGGCUGGAAUAGAGGCAGUGGGCCCCGCAAUCGGAAUAACAUGCGGGGUGGCCGAGGCAACCAAAGGGGCUUCCGAGGAGGCAACCGAAGAAAUUAAUAAAGUUCCAAGUUACAGUCCAGGAGAACUGAGUUUUGUAGUACCAUAAGUUGUAUCUGCUUUGAAGAUAGUUGAACUGUGUUUAAGUGGCAGGUUAGAACGAAUGAGGCACGAAAUUUUACAUAAACCAGCAUAUUUUUUGCAUUGGUUAGAAGUGAUGUAAUCAUUUGGAUCCUUGUUUGGUCGUAAUCGGGCGAAUGAAAAUAUCUUGAAUGUGUGAGAGAGUUAACGUUACUUAAGUAAUUGAAUAGAUUGUAGAAAAUAAAAUUAAACAAAACGAAUGCUUCGUGAAAAGGAACCUAUUGGAAUGUAAAAUUUACAUGUAAGAAUAAAUAGUUUAGAAAGGUGACAACAAUCUUGUGGAACAAUUAUAAUCUUUGUUGUCAGCAGCAUGAAGAACUAAACUAAAAAAGUCACUGUUAUCCGGCAUAUAAAUAUUCAUUAUGUAAUAA